UGUACAUAACGAUGAAGUGUUUUUUUAGCAUAACUACACUGGAAUACAAGUAUGCAUGUACUGUGCAUAUCUAGAACUAACUUGAUAACAGCUGAUCGUGAUUUUUAACUAUGGCGAAACUCGACGUGGACCGUGGGUAUGCCUGGGUCAUUCUUGGAGCUAACUAUGGGUGUUAGACCGGUCAUUGACGGAGGAUAUGCCAGGGUAAUACUUGGAGCUUGCUUUUUCAUGUACAUGCUGUUACUGGGUUCUAUCAAGUCUUAUGGAAUCUUAUAUUCCGAGAUUCUGACGGUAACAAACAGUGGCGCCGGAAGUACAGCACUCAUCGGAAGUGCCGCAAGCUUCAUACAGUCAUUAACGGGUCCAUUCGCCAUUCUGCUGGCUACAAGGUAUUCUUUCCGUCUAGUAUGUUUCAGUGGGGGCGUGACCCUCUGUAUUGGUUACGUCAGCUGUGCCUUCACCAAUGAUGUUAUGUACUGGUAUAUUACCUACAGUUUAAUCACUGGGAUUGGCUGUGGUUUAACGUAUGUCCCUUGUUCUACUCUAAUCAACUAUUACUUCGAACACAACCGCGCACUUGCCAACGGCAUCGUCCUGUCUGCUAGUGGUGUGGGAGGAUUCCUCUUCCCGCAUAUAUACCGCAUACUUAUAGACCAGUACGCAAUCGGUGGUGCUAUGUUAGUCCUAGGUGGUAUAAUGUUGAAUGUUUGUGUGGCAGCUUCCUUUUUACGACAACCAUACGAAUUCAGCAAUGAUUCUUCGCGUGAUGUAAAGACAAAAGACCGGGAAAACGAAUAUGGUUCGUGCAAAGAAGUACUAUGCCGAAAGUUCUGUGCAUGUGACAGUAAUAUUAUGAAGGACCUAACAUUUCUGUCAAUCUCUAUGGCAUUUUGCCUGUCCGCUCUAAGCUAUUCGGCGUAUUUCUAUACUUUUCCAUCCUUUCUGGAAUCGGAACAUAUCGGAAAAGCAACCACAGUUUUUAUAUUUUCAUUAACAGGAGCGUGUGAAAUUUUUGCACGAGUGGCCAUGGGCUGGUUUACGGAUCUGAAGAUUAUUUCGCCAAGCCACGUCUACGGCUUAUGUAUGUGCAUCAGUGGCAUUUCAGCUUUUGUUGUGCCCCUGGUUCGACACAAAGUUCUGUACUAUGCUUAUGCUGUAGUAAUUGGAAUAUUCCCUGGUUCUUUUUAUGCACUGAUGUCCAUUAUUUUAUUAGAAACUGUUUCACUAAAAAAUCUUCCAUCAGCAUUUGCUGUAGUAACAAUAUUCAUAGCCGUGUUUUCCCUUCUCGGAUUGCCUUGCUUAGGUUGGGUUGAAGACUUGACAGGCAGUUGGGACAAUGUGUUUUAUAUCACAGGGGUCUUACAAUUACUAGCAGCCAUCAUAGCGUUCUUCGUAUCCCGAUGUUCCAAAUCCACUGACAGCCAAGACGAUGUAGAGAAAGAGGUGAAAGAACCAGCAAGUGAAAAACUGUUAGAAGCCGGUAUAAAACGAUAGAAAAUAUAGCAUUUUUCAUCUAUAAAUAAUUCGGUGGCAGCUGGUUCCAGAGAAUACUUACAGUGCUGACAGCUUCGCUGAGAUGUAGGAAUCCAAGGACUGGUAUAAGUGCUGGGUGGAUUAGAUAGAACUUUAACUAGAACCAAAUCUUAGUGCCACAUUUAACGAAGUGGACAACACCUUUUAUGAACUUUUUGACAGUAUCAUUAUUAUAUUACAGUGCUCUGUGAAUUCUUUACUUUUAAAUA